GAAAUCUCUCCCCUUUCUAGGAACAAGGCCGUGGCGGCUCCAAGGACCUCGACAGCAUGAAGAGCGACCGGAUGAGAACGGUACAGCUCAACGUCUGUGACAGCGAAGACGUGGCCCGUGCGGUGGACUACGUGACCACCAGCCUGAAGGACCCGCAGAAAGGAGUCUGGGGUCUGGUCAACAAUGCCGGGGUCUCCACCUUUGGAGAGGUGGAAUUCACCAGCAUGGACACCUACAAGGAGGUGGCGGAAGUGAACCUGUGGGGGACCAUCCGCACCACAAAGGCCUUCUUGCCUCUCAUCCGCAGAUCCAAAGGCCGCGUGGUGAACAUCAGCAGCAUGAUGGGCCGGAUGGCGAACCCGGCUCGCUCCCCCUACUGCAUCACCAAGUUUGGGGUGGAGGCCUUCUCCGACUGCCUGCGCUACGAGAUGCGCCCCCACGACGUGAAGGUCUGCAUUGUGGAGCCCGGGAACUUCAUCGCCGGGACCAGCCUGUACAGCCCCGAGCGCAUCCAGGCCAUCGCGGACAAGAUGUGGGACGAGCUGCCCGAGAUUGUCCGCCGCGACUACGGCCGGAAGUACUUUGACGAGCAGAUUGCCAAGAUGGAGUCCUACUGCAGCAGCGGCUCCUCGGACACCUCCCCCGUGAUCGAGAGCAUCGCCCACGCCCUGAUGUCCACCACGCCCUACACCCGCUACCACCCCAUGGACUACUACUGGUGGCUGCGCAUGCAGGUCAUGACUCACAUGCCGGCCGCCAUCUCAGACCGCCUCUACAUCUACUGAGGGAGGGAGGGAGGGGCGGGGAGGGGGCGUUACGCUGUACAGAUUUCUCAGCCGUCACUUCUGGUUAGUUGAGUUCACAGUACUGUACUUUAGUCCUCCGUUUAUAUUAAUUUAACUGUUGAGCCUAAUUUAAUCCUUGCAUGGUGUGUCUCCUUAAGAAGAACAUCUUGCCUAUGUCAGAGGGACCCAGCCAGCUGUGGGCUAUUUAUUUCAAGCACUCCCAUUUUUCCUCUCCAUCUCAGCUUUUAGGACAAAAUCUAGGUUGCGUUACUGGUUGCUCCGAAGACUUGAACUCCCCGAGUCCCCUUGCCUUCAAAAGCGGCUCCACUGGCAAGAGCCCGAGACCCCCUGCGCAGCCCUCCCCACCCAACGUCCUAGCCCAGGUGGCCCGAGAGAGAGAGAGAGAGAGAGAAGCCGGGCGCUUCUGGCCUGGGUCUCCUUGUGGACCACCAGGGGCCUGGCAGAGGAAGAGCAGUCGCCUGCAGGACCUUUCCUGUUGUGGCCCCAGGCCCCUGUGAGCAAAGCCUGCUUGUCCAGCUGGGGCUCCCGUAGUGGCUGGCUGGCUGGUGGCAGGAGGAGGAGGGGAGUUGGGGGGGAGCCCCACAUCCUGUAUUCUGCCCACUUCAGAGCAAGAAGGGUCAAGGGGGGGGGGCACCUUGCCCAUAGGUGUCGUUUCCCCAGCAGUCCUCCUUUCCUGUAGGCUGGGAUGAGGGUAGCGCCCCCCCUGGUGGGCUGGGUGAACUGUAGCCCUGCCGUGGCCCUGGCCAGUGACGCCCGUGGUGGGGAGUGGCCAGCCAGCGGGGCUUAGGCAGUGGCUCAGCUGGGCGCUUCCCUGGGGAGUCCCACAGGCAGGGCCAGCGCUGCCGGGGCUUCUUUCGGGAAUUCAUUCCACAAAACUUUUGUACAAAAAGGCCUCUCGUGUGAGAGGCUCAGAGAUAUUUUUGUGACACUUCAGAGGCCAAGAAAUCAGUCGCCGGGAGUCUGUGAGCGUGGAGUGAAGGGGGAGGAGGGGGCAUCUCACUUCUGUAA